CCUUAACCCCUGCUCUUCUUCUCCAGUAUUUUAAACACUUAUACUCAACUGAUAACCAGACUUAAAAUGUGUGAACCAGUAAAACACCGAAAAACAAUGGCUUAAGAAACCUAACAAAUCCCCUUAAAUCAUGAAGUCAUGUAAUCUACAUGCUUCCAAUCAGUAAAUCAGGGAAUUACCUUGUAUAUUUAAACCCUUAAACACACACUUAACUAUCAAACAUCAGAGUUAAAAUUCUGAAACACACAAAAAUGAGUCACCUUAUCAUCAUAUUCCUAGCUCUUCUCUUAAUGCUUUCCUACAACUCUGUGAUAAGCCAAGAACAAACGGGAGGAGAUACACUUCCGUGUAAUGAGGUGAUUAACGAGCUAUCACCGUGUUUAUCUUACCUUAAUAAGCAAUAUUCAUCUCCCUCGAGUUUUUGCUGUCAAGGUGCUAACUAUGUUUGGAAGCAAUAUGGGAAGAAGAAGAAACAAAGACGAGGAGUCUGCGAGUGUCUCGAGUCUGUACUGCCACUCAUAGGUCAGAUUGAUGGUUCAGUCAUCUCUGCUAUACCUCAACAGUGUGGGUUGAAGAUCAAAAUUCCUCCUAUCAAUGGAGACUUCAAUUGUUCUAUGAUACAUUGAUCGAGAAUAGACGAAAAAUAAUGAUGUCUAUAAUAAAAUUGUGAUCUUUAGUCAUAUAGAUUGGAAAUUUUCAAUCCUUCUAUGAAACUUUAAACUUGUAAGUGACAACAUCAAAAUUUGAUACAAUUAUAGAAUGACAUUUCAUCCGUUCA